GUCUCACGCGCCUGCCGCUCACGCGGAAAGUGACGGCGACCAGACUUGAGCUAAAUAGAAUUGAAGCUAGUUGUGCCUCAGAAAAAAAGAAGCUAGUUGUGCUAAAAAAAAAUACGCUAAAAUGGCUGAAAGCUCAUCAUGCUUCCGCACGCCGAGAGGAUGGUGGAGCUCAAAGAUCGUCUACAGACGAAGAGCCGUCACUCCGACGAGGUGCAGAGCUCUACUGUGCGCAUGCGCUGACCAAGCUAAAACGCGACGUGAUGCUGACUCUGACAAAUAUUACAGCUACACGAAAGGAAGUGUUCAGACUUGUCAGGUGUGUUCCCGCUGGCUGGCAGACAUGGGCCAGGUGUAUUCGCAGCCUGCGUGUCAGUUUGCAUACGACGGCGACGUCCAUCAGCUGUUUGCCCUGCUGAGCCAUGACCCCGGUGCCGUCGACGUGCAGGAUGAGGUCACCGGGGACACGCCCCUCAUAGCCGCCUCUCGCCGUGGCAACCUGAGUGCGGUCCACUUCCUGCUGGACAACCGGGCCGACCCGGGCCUCAGCAACAAGGUGAGUGAUGGGGGCCAUGAUGCCCUGUUGUGCUGUCGUUGUGUAUUGUUGUGUAUCGUUGUUGUGCAGAAGCGUCGCACGUGUCUUCACUACAUAGCCAAGCAGAACUUUUCUCUACUGGACCACCUCAUCAUUCUCAUCCUCAUGCCCAUACUCCUGCUGGGAUACUUCCUCAUGUUACACAAGCAACGGCGCAAUGAGGCCCUGAUGAAGGAAGUGCUAAACAGCAACGUGGACGUCAAUGCGCUGGACUACAAAGGAAACACAGCUCUUCACUACGCGUGUCUGAGGAAACGUCAACAUUUGGUUCCUCUGCUACUCCUCCGAGACGCCGACCCCCAUGUCAAGAACCACGACGGGGAGACGCCGUUGGACAUCGCCAUGAGAUUAAAGUACACCAAAGUGGUGCGGCUGCUGAGGAAGACGCAGUGACUCGCACUUGGCACUUGAGGGUGGCGCCACAAAUGCCAUGAAGAAACAGCCUCAACUUUCAUAGUCAGCUCAAACGUUCUUCCAAAACAUUCAUGCCUGACCAGCUCUUCAUGAAAGGAAAUAUAUUUAUUUCACUCCAAAC